ACGAAGCAGACGAGCUCAUUUGCGAAUUGCUCGUCAAGCUCCAAUCCUCUCAACCACUCAACGCCCUUUCGACCCACUCGUCAGUCCCUUCUUGGACGGCGCGGGCUCCAACGUCUCCCCAUACACUUGCGUUGAUAGCUUUAGGUCGAAUGUGAGAACUAGCCGCCUGAUAGAUGAUGGCACAGAUGCGUCUCCGGAGUAAUUAGACCCGUGCAAGAACUUAUAGCUUUGCGCACUCGCUAGCCGCUUGAUACGUUUUAGCUGGCUGUGACCUAAAUAGCUAGACGGGGUGCCCCGCUCGGGCCAUUCACAAAGAUAGGAAUCUAUUUGGAUGAGGAGUCAGCAACUGCAGUCGAGCUUUUCAUUCCCAAAAAGUCCAUGGACAAAGACGAAGGCGACUGGAUCCUUCUCGACACGGUGCUCGCGGCCGAUUGGCUCGUGUACAAAGGCGCCCAGCUUCCAACGACGCGCAUGGCGCGCAGCAACCACGACCAAAGGUGCAAAGUGUGUCGCUUUGACGAUCACAGCAUGUCGCGCGUCUACACGGACUGCCGCAAUCGCCCGUGCAUGGAGGCCAACGGCUAUUGCGAAGCCCGAUACCUCUACCUCGUCUGCAACGAAACGCGAACCGUCGACGUCUACCGCAUGGGGAAUCACACUGCCCGCGGUACGCCGGACGACAGAGAGGCCGGGCCCGACGCACUCAUGCAUCCAUCACCUCGGAUGACGCCGGUGGUCCGCGCCCUCUUUGUCGAGAUGGCGUCGGCAGACCCGGCUCGCCGGCCGAUCGACAUUUAUCGCGAACUCGAAGAGCGGCGUCUCGAGUUCAACAACAUUCUUCCGCGAUUGCAGUCGGUUCAGAGUCUUGUGUCACGGCUGCGCAAAGCAAUGACCAGUGACAGCGACCGCCCAGCCGCAGUGGACGACCGCCGCAGACGACGGGCGCGCCGACUACCCCAACGACCAACUGCACCAGCCAAUGAAGCCCGACCGUGCACGUGUGCCAUCAAGGAGUACCGGCCUCCCGUAGUGGUGUCUACUAUGUGUGAAACACCUCGUACAUUCAACUCACCAGUCCUUCUUUGAUCA